UGACUCAUGCGCACCCGAACCUUUUUUACUUUUAGAUCAUAAAAUGAAUGCUCAAACAUCGAAUAAAUGUGACCGAUCACGGCUUCAUGUUGCAAACGAACAUGGCGUCUUGUUAUUCCCGAUCCGCUUGUUUUAAAUGAGUAAAUGAGAGAUUUGAUAAAAAAAAAAGGCUGUUCUUAGAUAGAGUUUACGCUGAUAUUAUUCUCUAACUGCCAAAACAGGUUUAGAUUGAAGUCCACAGCAAUGCAUUUUGUAUUUUAGUCAUGCAUUUGUGUAUUUCAUACACGUUGUUUGAAUUGCCACCAUGUCUUUUGAGGAUCCUUCAUAAAUGAAUCACAGAUUAUAUGAGAGUGAGAUUUAAGCAGCAUUAGUUGAACGCAGACUGUGUGAAUUAUAAUGGCAAAAUUGAUCACAUACACCCAACAUGAAUACAAAACCAAUGCAACAUAAUGCACAACACUUCCACUGUGGAGGUUAUGGUUGGCAAAAAAAAUAAAAAAUAAAAAAUAAAAAAAGCAGCAAUUUUUCCCCACUGAAAAAAAAAAAAAGAAAAAAAAAAAAAACAUGAACUGGAAAUCAGGGACUAAAUACGAAAUGUUUUUCAUUUCGGUUCUUUCUGAGCAGAAACGGUAUUUUUUCGUUCCAGUUCCGAUAUUCUGCUGCCUCCUUUCCAAAUGGUAACUGGUUAGAACGAAAUUAAAGAAUGAAUAAUAACAUUUUUUUUAUGAAAGUACUCUGUGCUGAGGGUGGUGAUAUGCCCAUUGCAUUGUUUCCAGAUCUCUCAAGAAAAAAGGGACCAGGUUUCGGAAAACAAGCUCAAAAUAUGGGACUUGCCUCACCCAAAAUAAGUGAAAAUAUGCAAUUACAUUUUUUCCCUCAUGUGGGGGAAUUAUCAGCAUAGAAAUCAUGACAAGCAAAGUAUACGGUAGCCUAUAUAAAAUAACGUCUUUUCAGUAAAUAUAUGCUUAAUAUUAAAUAUAUCACCAAAAAUAUUUGAAACAUUUCAAAAAUACAUCUGGUCAUCUAGAAUUAAUUAAUAGGCAAAAUCUCUCUCUCUUGCAUGCAUGCACACACUGAUUGGGCAUGUUUGGACUAAACGUCAUCUCAUGGAGGCGAAUUAUUUGAUUUUAAACAUUUAAUCAUUGUUUAAUUAUUUGUUUUAAUUACAGUUCUGCUUCUCGGACAGAACCAGUCAGCAUCAAAUCUGUAUUAAUGCAUCAUUAUGUAACAAUAAUUCAAAGACUUGGAAACUACUGAGAAAUUUACUUUUUCCUCAAUAUUUUUCCUUGUAUCUGGAUUAACCGAUGUAUCUUUCCUUCAGAAUCAAAGCACAUGCUUAUUAUGUUCAACUAAAAAGAGAGAAGCUUCAAUUUUUGGGCAACAGAAAGUGGUGUCAUUCUGAAAAUGUACUUUGAUAAACCAUUUAGACUUUUGUUACAUAUAAAAAAUUAUCGGAAAAAAAUUAACCAGUUACCAACACUUGAAAGUAACGUUUUCACUGCGGAACAAUUGAAAAGGACUUUGUUCCCAUUUUUGGGUACAUUUUGCAAAAAAAUAAAAAUAAAUUACGUUUUGUUUUCGUUCCAUGGAAAGAAAAUUGUCCCUGCUGGAAAUGUCAGACUGAGCAUGAACCCACGAGAUGUCCCGGCCACUGUGACCCUUGAAACUGUCAAUUCUGUCACAUUUACUCAGGACACAGAAGGAAAUAUAAUCCUGCACUGCCCUCAAAAUGACAGGGAGGACUUGGGUUCUGACGAGGCCACUGAACCAGUUCACAAACGCCUGCGAUUGUCCAAUGACGACACAGAGGAUGCUCAGGAUUCUACCUCAACAGAGUACUCUGUUGUCACCUUACCAAUUACAGAAGGUGAUGAAAGUUUUGAGGUGACAAUGACUGCUACAGAGAUGAAAGAAGGGGAGCUGGAACAGGACGAUCAUUAUCAAACACUGCAGAAUAAGGAUGCUCCCGGCCUACAGAAAGCUGAAGAUGUAUCAGCUGUCAGUCAAGCCUGGUUCACCACGAAAGAGGAUAAAGACACACUGGUUAACAAGGGUCACAAAUGGAAACAGGGUAUGUGGUCAAAAGAGGAGAUUGAUAUUCUGAUGAGUAACAUAGACAACUACCUGAAGAACCGAGGGAUCCAGGAUCCUGCCGAGAUCAUCUUUGAAAUGUCCAAAGAGGAGAGAAAAGAUUUUUACCGCAGUAUAGCGUGGGGUUUGAACAGACCACUAUUUGCAGUUUACAGACGAGUACUACGAAUGUAUGACAACCGAAACCACGUUGGAAAAUACACUGACGAGGAGAUCAAUAAACUGAAAGAGCUAAGGGAGAAACAUGGCAAUGACUGGGCUACCAUUGGGGCGGCGCUUGGUCGCAGUGCUUCUUCUGUGAAAGAUCGCUGCCGACUCAUGAAAGAUACAUGCAACACUGGUAAAUGGACAGAGGAGGAGGAGAGAAGGUUGGCAGAGGUGGUCCAUGAGUUGACUGGCACAGACGCUGGUGAUGUUGUUACUCAGGGCGUCUCUUGGGCAUCUGUAGCAGAACUCGUUGGCACUCGCUCGGAGAAACAGUGUCGCUCUAAAUGGCUCAAUUAUCUUAACUGGAAACAGAGUGGCGGCACAGAAUGGAGCAAAGAAGAUGAUAUUAAUCUUGUUCGUAGGAUAACUGAGCUGGAUGUAGAGGAUGAGAAUGACAUUAAUUGGGAUACCCUGGCCGGUGGAUGGAGCAGCGUUCGCUCGCCUCAGUGGCUCCGCAGCAAAUGGUGGACCAUCAAAAGACAAGUGGCCAAUCACAAAGAACUUCCCUUUCCUAUUUUGUUAAAAGGCCUGCAGGAUGUUGUGGAAGCACCACCGUCUACGAUGAACAAAGUCGUUGUUGUUGGUUCUCGAUCUGCUAAUACUUCACCCAGCCCUGUUACUGCACUGCAGAUACCAGUCCAGAUUCCAGUCCAUAUUACACAUGUCUCUUCCUCAGAUGUUGCAAGUGGCACCUCAGACAGUGAAACGAUCACACUGAACUCUGGAGCUUUACAGACAUUUGAAUUACUACCUUCAUUUCACCUGCAGCCCACUGGUACCCCUGGCACAUAUUUCCUCCAAACAGGAACAAGUCAGAGCCUCCCACUCACACUCUCAGCCAAUCCCACGGUCACGCUCACAGCUGCAGCUUCGCCAUCUUCCCCAGACCAGAUUAUUUUACACAGCCUCACAGCUGACACUGAAAAUAUGACAGUUCAGAUGUCCCACCCGGGCAUCAUCAUCCAGACAGUGACCACAGAGGACCUCUCUCACCCUCUCAGCCAGUCAGAGCUGGAAGCAGAGCAGGAGCUUGUGAAGGAACACCCUAUGAACAACCCAAACAACACCGAUGAAGAGGAACACGGUGAACAGAGUUCAAUAGGUACACAUGUAGAAAAGAAAACGGUGGAGAAUUCGGGAAUAGUUGAAGGAGCUGUGCUUAUGGUUCCAUCCCCAAGUAACUUUAUUCCCUCGAAUGAAAAUAUCAGCACAGAUUCUGUCUUACCCCUUGGAACACUGACAGAUCCCAUUUUGGAAAACCAGGAGGAGGGCUCGGACUGAUCUGAAAAAUGGAAUAGUUGCCGUAUUAAGCAGGAUGCACAAUCAGUCAGACUUCCACAUUAAGGAAAAUCCAACACAAUAAUGAUACUGAUAAAUUAGUAACUUGUGUUGAAAAGGUUAUGCUACCAAAGUCACAUGAUGGGUUUGGAUUGAAGUGUGUAAAAGUUAAGGGGUCUGAAUGCAACUGACAUUUAGAGGCUAUAUCCUCUUACAUGCAAUAUCAUCCAAAUGGAUUAGCAUGAAUUAUGUGCAUUGUACAUGGAUAUUGUAAUUACCUGAGUCUCAAUGCAAUUACAAACAUUAAAUACUUUGAGGAAGCAACACUUUUUAAUGGUUUGUUGAAAAUUAUGUAAUACCCUCACUGUUACAAUGUUUUUUGUUUGUUUGUUUGUUUGUGUGCGCAUUUCUUGAUCUGACUUGUCUUUGUUGCCUACUUUCCUGCUUAACAGUAAUACUGGAUAUAUUAAUGUGAUGCACUGUUUCGUAUACUAAAGAGGUUGUACCUGAAUGUUUGAUUUAUUCCAAAUGUCCACUAGGUUAGACGGCCAUAAUUUAUCAAAGGCUUUAAAUAUUCACCUAACCUGUAAGUUAGUGCCUCUGUGCCUCUAUAUUAUUUAUUGAAUAAACAAAACAAUGUCACCACUUGCAUGUCAGUGCUUUUUUAACCAGUGAUAUGAUCUGCUCUCAAUACUAUGAUGAAUUGUUGCUGGGAUUGUUGGGUUAUUGUAGUUCAGGAACAGGGCUGUGGAUGCAAAUGGUUUUGGUUAAAUCCCUGAUUAAUUCAGCGCAUACUUAAUUCAUCCAAACCUUGAGCUAUCUUACUGGAAAGCAAAUGA